AUGCUCGAGGCGAACGGCGUGUCGAAGGUGAAGCUGUUCGACGCGGAUCCGAACGCGCUGACGGCGCUGGCGAACUCGGACGUGGAGGUGAUGGUGAUGGUGCGCAACGAGUUCCUCGAGGGCAUGGCCAUCAAGCAGGAGAACGCCGACAACUGGGUCUACAACAAUUUGCUCGACAUCCUCCCCACCGGCGUCAAGAUCACAUCUGUGUCGGUGGGCAACGAGCCGUUCCUCAAGUCGCGGCACGACUUUGACAAGUUCCUGGCGCCAGCCGUGGCAAACAUGUACCGGGCGCUCCAGAAAGUGGAGCUAGACCAGCGCAUCAAGAUCACCGUCUCCUUCAACACGGACAUCAUCAAACCCGAGGACGACCCCGCCCUGGGCGAGUUCCAGGACGUGUGGGUGGAGCAGAUUAAAGCCAUUGCUAAGGUUAUCAACGAGACGGGAUCAUUCUUUUCUGUGAACAUCUACCCGUUUUUUUCGUACAAGGACACGCCGCAGAUCGACAAGAAUUUCAUCUGGUUCGAUAACCCCGGGCAGGGGUGCGUGGGGUUUGGCAACAAGACCAAGACGCAGUACUGUAACAUCAUGGACGCGUCGCUCGAUGGCGUGAUCUACGCGCUGGAACGAAUCGGUUACCCCAAUAUGGAGGUGGUAAUCGGGGAGGCAGGCUGGCCGAGCGACGGCCAUCCCAAUGCCACACUAGCACUCGCCCAAUCCUACAACAAUGGGCUCCUGCGCCACAUGCUCUCCGGCAAGGGCACGCCGCACCGCCCGAACCGCCUCUUCACCUUCUACGUCUUCGACCUCUUCGACCAGGACGCCAAGAGCACCGCUCCCGGCCCCUUCGAGCGCCGCUGGGGCGUUUAUGACGACUACGGCCGCGCGAAAUACCCGCUGGAUCUGUCCGGGGGGAAAGGUUGGAAGCUCGCUCCGAUCCCGAAUGUUGUGCGGCUGCGCAAUCGCUGGUGCCUGGCGAACCAGGCGCUGUACUCGGAGAAGGGCGCGAGUGCCCCGGUGGUGGACGCGCAGUUCUCGUCGAAGAUCUCCACGGCUUGCGGGAAGAGCGACGCGGGGGAUUUCGCGGAUAAGGCGGACUGCACGCCGCUGAUGAUGCGGCUGUCCACUCCCGGGCUGCAGUGCGCUGCUAAAGGCGCCAGCCAGACUCUGCUAGCCAACGCCUCGUAUGUGCUGAACGCGGUGUAUCAACUGUCAGGGCAGCAGGAGGCUGUGUGCACGGAUGAGGGGUUGGGAGUGGUUGUGACUGACCAGGACCCGUCGACGGGUAGUACUGGGGGGAAUGACAAUUGUACGUAUGAGCUGGGACUGGAUGUGGACGCGAUGAAGGCGUAUACCCAGCCCAGUAAGGCGUUCUCAUGGAAGGUUCUGGGGUAUAUUGUGGCGCUGGUGCUCGUGCUGGCGAAUAUGCUGUGA